AUGGCAUCAAAGGCAACAUCCAUCAAGGAUACCCAAUUCACCGCUAGAGAUAUGGAGAUUCUAGGAAUAGCUUGGCAGUGCUUUGAGGUAGCUCCCAAGAUCAACUGGAACAAGCUUGCCCAGCUUGCGCCUUUCAAGAACGCCUCAACUGCCCGCGCUUGUUUCGGACCUAUCAAGAAAAAGCUCGCCUUGGCCUCAGGAGAAUCGACCACAGCCAACACCAGCGAGCCUAGCACGCCCACUAAAGGCGGCAAGAAGCGCAAGGCCGGCAGCGAGAAGACCCCCGGUUCCGGCAAGAAGACUAAGACGUCCAGAAAGGCUCUUUCUAAGUUCAAGGACGACGAUGGUGAAGAUGAAGACGAGACCAAUGCCAAGAUCAAAGCCGAUAUCAAGGCUCAAGAAGAGGAGGAUGAUGCUGAUGCUAAUUCUUUGGUGUAA